AGACCUUUACACAAGCCGGUCUCUGUGUGUGGAAGCCUGCCUGGAGUCCCUCAGCCCCACCUGCCAGGCAACAGCCCUCCCUCCGCACUCUUGUCUUCUACAUUCUCCUGACAUCUCGAUUGCCAUCUUGGCCAGCCUGGACAAUGCCUCCCAACCUCACCGGCUACUAUUGCUUUGUCUCGCAGAAGAACAUGGAGGAUUACCUGCAAGCCCUAAACAUCAACUUGGCUCUGCGGAAGAUAGCGCUGCUGCUCAAGCCUGACAAGGAGAUUGACCAUCAGGGCAACCACAUGACAGUGAAGACCCUCAGCACCUUCCGCAACUAUGUUGUAGAAUUCGAGGUGGGAGUGGAGUUUGAGGAGGACCUAAGGGCAGUGGAUGGACGAAAAUGCCAGACCAUAGUAACCUGGGAGGAGGAGCAGCUGGUCUGCGUGCAGAAAGGGGAGGUGCCCAACCGAGGCUGGAGGCACUGGCUGGAAGGAGAGAAUUUGUACCUGGAACUGACUGCAAGGGAUGCUGUGUGUGAGCAGGUCUUCAGGAAGGUCAAGUAGCCGGAGAGGAGCUGAGGGCUGCUCCAGACAGCACCGGUCCCCAGACUCCUCUUGCUUGUGCCCCUUCAAGCCCGGAUUGUCCUAGGUCAUCAAUCCCUUUCUCAGGCCACUUCCCAUCACUCACCCCUCCCCAUGUUAAUCUAUAACUUGCAGCCCCCAAGGCCAAAGUCCUUUUGUUCACACACUCCACUGCCCAAUAGUGACGUCAUAUCCAGUUCAAGGUCUGGCCUCUGGAUGAAAGAAACAGGCAAAGGGGAAAGGGCCCUUGAGAAUAACCGAUCUCAACUGUCUUUAGUUUAUUUGGCCUCCUAUUUUCCAUCUAAGAAAGAUCUAAGCUUUGAGCAUUUGGGGGUUCGUGGAAACCCUAUCCUGGUGGAUCUUUUGCAAAACUGCCUGGGAUUCAAGAAUUUAAACAGGAACUAAUGGUGGAGCCUUUUUGCCCAUUUCCUUGUCCUUAUUUUGGAAAAAGCCUCAUAUGCUCAACAGAACCAUGCCCGAGGCACAGCCCCACCCACAAAGAGUUCAGUUUACCAACAUCUAAUUGCAUUAUGGCUAUCCUACAUGCCAUACACUUCCUUAUACAUGCCUUAUACUUCCAUCCUACAUGCUGGGGGAAAGGAGGUGACUGGGAAAGACCCUUUGUACAGUACUGAGGGACUUUCUAAAUAGUGACCUGGCUUGCAUGUCUGCUUUGAGAAGGACAGGCAGCAAGAAGGCCAGAAAAGACUGAGAAGGGUAGCAGACAAAAGAUACAAGACCAAAGGCUAGAAGGAUGAGAUUCAUGAGGAUGCAAAGGCAACGAUAGGAAAAAGACCAACGAACCUGGCUAUAGAGACCCUCUGCUUAAAAUCCAGCAAGACUGGGGACAGAGGAUAAGAGGGAGAACUGAGAACAGCAAGGCCCCUCCCUUAGGAUCCUAGAAUCACUGCCCUGUCCCAGAAGGAUAGGGCCUAUUCAAGUUCAGGGCCAGCUCUCUGCCUCUGGCACCUCCCUACUUCCAGUGGCCUUGGUUCUUUCAGAAUAAAAGUACUUCAGAACAAAA